AUGUGCAACGGCACGCAAACCGAAAUGUCCUGUGGACAUGUCCUAACACACUACAAUCAAUACUGCGAUGAGGGACGCCGGAAGCCGUGCCCGCAGCCUGAGCUCAGUGUACCGCGCGCUUACCUCGAGGACUCCUGUGCCGAGUGCGACCCCAUCUACAACUCGAACCUGGUCCGCCGCGAGCAUCGGGACCGGCACCUAGAGCUCAUGAACCAGGUCUACGCACAUAAGCGCGCGGGGCACCUGGAGGAGGUGAGGCGACUGUUGGAACGUAUGGAUGUGGUGCAGCGCGCGGCGAAUAUCGCAAUGGGUGAGAUGCGGUAUUUGUGCUCGUCUUCUGCUGAUGUCGAGUUCCCUGGCGGUGGACCCGAUGCUAUAAUGCCUAGGGGCACAAGCAGGUGGGUUAAUGGCAAGUGUGUCUGGGAAGAGGACGUACCGUAUUCCGUGCCGGGAAGUCUGCGGAAUAAAAGAGCUGCCCCAAAGCAGACGCAGGUGGAGCAACAAGAGCUGCCGCAGAUUUCGGGACCGCCGAGAAUGCGUUCGACGAAGAAAGAGUACGUUGAUCCCUUUGAAGCGGAAUCAGACAUUCAGCCGCAGAAGGAGCAGCAACUCAAGGUGAGCCGACCGCCACGUCUACGGACUAACAAGAAAUACACCGGCCCCCGCGGGGAUAACGUAGUAGUCUUCGACGGAGAGGAAGACGAGUGCCAAGCCCCGUUAGUGCAACCUCGCCUCCGGCGAUCGAAGACGUAUAUCAAUAAGCUUGAUCACGUUAGCUCUGUUAGUCAAGGAUCCGACGAGUCCUUGGAUAGCGAUAAAACGAUGGGUGUGGUGGAUCCAAAUCCUCUGCUUUCGUCACAGAAGUCUUCAGACUCUGGACUCCAGGCCGUUCUUCAUCCUCUCGUCCUUCUCACAAUCUCAGAUUACAUCACACGACAUACCCUGAGAGCGCAACAGGGACCUGUGGUUGGCGCUCUCAUAGGACAACAGAAUGGAAGGGAAGUUACUAUUGAGCAUGCCUUCGAGUGUGCUACUAUUGCUAAGGAUGGCAAUAUCAUUCUUGAUGCCAACUGGUUUGCACAGCGAUUAGAGCAGAUGAAAACAAUACACAAAUCUCCCCAACUCGAUCUUGUCGGCUGGUAUACCGUUUUGCCUAAGAGUGGCCCGACUCCAUCCAUACUCCCUAUUCACAACUGGAUCCUAUCGGAGCACAAUGAGUCGUCUCUACUACUCGGAUUCCACCCCGAAGAGGCCGUCCAGCAGGCAGCAGGAAGCAAACUCCCCCUAACAAUUUACGAAUCCAACUAUGAGGUUGAUGAACCGAAAGCGGAUCAAGGCGAAGACAAAGAGAUGCGGGACGGAGACCCCCCUCUAAAGUUGAAAUUCAGGGAACUACCCUAUUCAGUAGAGACGGGUGAGGCGGAGAUGAUAAGCAUGGAUUUCGUGGCUCGGGGUGCUGGAAACGCCACGGUAGUCGAGCCCAGGCAGCAGAAGAAGCCAGAGUCGGACCUGAAGGGCAAACAGCCCGCGAAAGCGACGGAAGUUCAAGAUAAGGACGAGAAAUCAGAAGAGCACAUACUGACAAGCGAGGAUGAGGAGCUGAUUGCAGCACUCACGGCCAAGGCAAACGCUAUUAGGAUGUUGCAAUCUCGCGUUGACCUUCUCACAACAUAUCUCGAACGACUACCCCCGUCCUACCUAUCUCCGAACAACGCGACGGAUCUCUCCCAGGGUCAACAGACGAUCCCUUCACAUACAAUCCUCCGAUCUAUCCAGGCCCUCGUCAACAGACUAUCGCUAUUAGUACCAUCAAACACGAAUGCUUAUGAAGAGGAGAUGAUCAGCGAGGCCAACGAUGUACAUCUGAUGGAGCUCCUCAACGAGGUGCUCCAGAGUGUCACGGAAGCCCGUGAUGUCGGCAAGAAGCACAGUGUUGUUGAGAGCACGAAAGCCCACCACAAACGAAUGACGGAAAAUUCCACCCCCCUAGGUUUUGGUCAUUCUAAUCCGGGAGACCUUGCAAUUUGA